GUGUUUAUGGAGCACCGAUUGUACACCAGGUACUGCGGUGAGUCUCAGGGGUACCAAGACCGAGGUUCGAUGAGAAUCCUGUAAUCAACUGCAGAAUGCUCCUUCGGAGAACAGGACCCAUCAAAAUAGGAACUCCGUUUUGAGAGUUCGCCUCGAUCGUUGAGGAUAAUCUUAGAAGGACCGAAGCAGUUCCGUUUCGUUACAUUUCAAAAUCUUAUGUCAAAGUAAGCACGCAGAAAGGGGUCCUUGCUCUUCUACACUGAGCCCUACGGCCCCCCUGUGGGGAAAUACUCCUGAUAAUCAUCUCGAAAAUUGUUUCGACCAGCAGGGGUCACUAUGAAGGCUGACUUGAGCCCAAAACACAAUGGGGCACGGUAACCAGACUGGUCCGUAAGGGUUCCAGGAAGGAAUGCAGCUUCAAGAGAACAGUUUGAAUCUUUAUUCGAAUUUGAAUUUUGGUACAAUGAAGAGAGUCAGCUGCAACUUGACAAUCGAAAUCCUCAGAAAAGCGACACAAAUACGUUCGCCUCGAGGAAUAUUGGGUCUUCUGCGCGGCCGUAGAGCUCCGCCAAGUGCGCCUGCGCGGAAGAGAAGUGGCGUCGAGUCCGGCCGGGCAGUAGAGGAAAUUGCGGUAGUGACCCUCGGGCCUCGCCAUGAAGAGCCGCUUUAGCACCAUUGACCUCCGCGCCGUACUCGCGGAGCUGAAUGCUAGCUUGCUAGGAAUGAGAGUAAACAAUGUUUAUGAUGUGGAUAAUAAGACAUACCUUAUUCGUCUUCAAAAACCGGACUUUAAAGCUACACUUUUACUUGAAUCUGGCAUACGAAUUCAUACAACAGAAUUUGAGUGGCCUAAGAAUAUGAUGCCGUCUAGUUUUGCCAUGAAGUGCCGAAAACAUUUGAAGAGUCGGAGAUUAGUCAGUGCAAAACAGCUUGGUGUGGAUAGAAUUGUAGAUUUUCAAUUUGGAAGUGAUGAAGCUGCUUAUCAUUUAAUCAUUGAGCUCUAUGAUAGGGGGAACAUUGUUCUUACAGAUUAUGAGUACGUAAUUUUAAAUAUUCUAAGGUUUCGAACUGAUGAGGCAGAUGAUGUUAAAUUUGCUGUUCGUGAACGCUAUCCACUUGAUCAUGCUAGAGCUGCUGAACCUUUGCUUACUUUGGAAAGGUUGACUGAAAUAGUAGCCAGCGCACCUAAGGGUGAACUACUGAAGAGGGUGCUUAACCCAUUACUUCCCUAUGGACCAGCUCUCAUUGAACACUGUCUUUUAGAAAAUGGAUUCUCGGGUAAUGUCAAAGUGGAUGAAAAACUUGAAACUAAAGAUAUUGAAAAAGUACUUGUUUCUCUGCAGAAAGCAGAAGACUAUAUGAAAACAACAUCCAACUUCAGUGGGAAGGGAUAUAUCAUUCAGAAAAGAGAAAUAAAACCAAGCUUGGAAGCAGAUAAACCAGUUGAAGACAUAUUCACGUAUGAGGAAUUUCAUCCUUUCUUGUUUUCUCAACAUUCACAAUGUCCAUAUAUAGAAUUUGAAUCAUUUGACAAGGCGGUGGAUGAAUUUUAUUCCAAGAUAGAAGGCCAGAAAAUUGACUUAAAAGCUUUACAACAGGAAAAGCAAGCAUUGAAGAAAUUAGAUAAUGUUCGAAAGGAUCACGAAAACAGAUUGGAAGCUCUUCAGCAGGCUCAGGAAAUAGACAAACUGAAAGGAGAGCUUAUAGAAAUGAACCUACAAAUAGUUGACAGAGCCAUUCAGGUAGUUCGAAGUGCUUUAGCUAACCAGAUAGAUUGGACAGAAAUUGGGUUAAUUGUGAAAGAAGCCCAGGCUCAAGGAGACCCUGUUGCAAGUGCAAUCAAAGAAUUAAAACUACAAACAAACCAUGUUACAAUGCUGCUAAGAAAUCCAUACUUGUUAUCAGAGGAGGAAGAUGAUGAUGUUGAUGGUGACGUCAAUGUUGAGAAAAAUGAAACCGAACCACCAAAAGGAAAAAAGAAAAAACAAAAGAAUAAACAGCUGCAGAAGCCUCAGAAAAAUAAGCCGUUACUUGUAGAUGUUGAUCUCAGCUUGUCAGCAUAUGCCAAUGCCAAAAAGUAUUAUGAUCACAAGAGAUAUGCUGCUAAGAAAACACAAAAGACUGUUGAAGCUGCUGAGAAGGCAUUCAAGUCAGCAGAAAAGAAAACAAAGCAAACAUUAAAAGAAGUUCAGACUGUUACCUCUAUUCAAAAAGCAAGAAAAGUAUAUUGGUUUGAGAAAUUUCUAUGGUUCAUUAGCUCAGAGAACUAUCUAAUUAUAGGUGGACGAGAUCAGCAACAGAAUGAAAUAAUUGUGAAAAGAUACUUGACACCAGGAGACAUUUAUGUACAUGCCGAUCUUCAUGGAGCUACUAGCUGUGUAAUUAAGAAUCCAACAGGAGAACCCAUCCCCCCACGGACCUUGACUGAAGCUGGCACAAUGGCACUUUGCUACAGUGCUGCUUGGGAUGCACGAGUUAUCACUAGUGCUUGGUGGGUGUACCAUCAUCAGGUAUCUAAAACAGCACCAACUGGAGAAUAUUUGACAACAGGAAGCUUCAUGAUAAGAGGAAAAAAGAAUUUUCUUCCUCCCUCAUACCUAAUGAUGGGGUUUAGCUUCCUUUUUAAGGUAGAUGAGUCUUGUGUUUGGAGACAUCAGGGUGAACGAAAAGUCAGAGUACAGGAUGAAGACAUGGAGACACUGGCAAGUUGUACAAGUGAACUCAUAUCAGAAGAAAUGGAACAAUUAGAUGGAGGUGACACUAGCAGUGAUGAGGAUAAAGAAGAACAUGAAACUCCUGUGGAAGUAGAACUCAUGACUCAGGUUGACCAAGAGGAUAUCACUCUUCAGAGUGGCAGAGAUGAACUAAGUGAGGAGCUCAUUCAGGAAGAAAGCUCUGAAGAUGAAGGAGAAUAUGAAGAGGUUAGAAAAGAUCAGGAUUCUGUUGGUGAAAUGAAGGAUGAAGGGGAAGAGACAUUAAAUUAUCCUGAUACUACCAUUGACUUGUCUCACCUUCAACCCCAAAGGUCCAUCCAGAAAUUGGCUUCAAAAGAGGAAUCUUCUAAUUCUAGUGACAGUAAAUCACAGAGCCGGAGACAUUUGUCAGCCAAGGAAAGAAGGGAAAUGAAAAAGAAAAAACUUCCAAGUGACUCAGGAGAUUUAGAAGCGUUAGAGGGAAAGGAUAAAGAAAAAGAAAGUACUGUACACAUUGAAACUCAUCAGAACACAAGCAAAAAUGUUGCGGCUGUGCAGCCAAUGAAACGAGGACAAAAGAGUAAAAUGAAAAAAAUGAAAGAAAAAUACAAAGACCAGGAUGAAGAAGACCGUGAACUUAUCAUGAAGUUGCUGGGGUCUGCAGGUUCAAACAAAGAAGAAAAAGGGAAGAAGGGGAAGAAAGGAAAAACAAAGGACGAACCUGUGAAGAAACAGCCCCAGAAACCUAGAGGUGGACAGAGGGUCUCUGACAACAUUAAGAAAGAAACUCCGUUCCUUGAGGUUAUAACUCAUGAGUUACAAGACUUUGCUGUAGAUGAUCCACAUGAUGACAAGGAAGAGCAAGAUCUGGAUCAACAGGGAAAUGAGGAAAACCUAUUUGAUUCUUUGACAGGCCAGCCACAUCCUGAAGAUGUACUACUGUUUGCCAUUCCAAUAUGUGCCCCUUACACCACCAUGACAAACUACAAAUAUAAAGUGAAACUUACUCCCGGAGUGCAGAAAAAGGGAAAAGCUGCAAAAACAGCCUUGAAUAGUUUCAUGCAUUCCAAAGAAGCAACAGCAAGAGAAAAAGACUUAUUCCGCAGCGUAAAGGACACAGAUUUAUCAAGAAACAUUCCUGGCAAAGUGAAAGUGUCUGCACCCAAUCUUCUGAAUGUAAAAAGGAAAUAGCUGAAAUGAAAUUCUAAAAUAUUUGAGAAGAGCCAAUUUUAUAGCGUUUUGGAAGUUCAAAGAUUAAAGCACCAUGUAUCAGGAUUUCCGCAUUAUAAAAAUGAACUAAACAUUGCCUUGCUAUAUUCACCAAAAGGACUUACUUCUUGUUUUUUCCCAGUUUUGUUUUAUAUAGAGGAAACACUGUCUGUGAUAGGAUUUCCUAAAGUAUUUGUGGACAGGUAAAUGCUAAUUAAUAUACAUCUGUAGUUAUUCUACAUUUUCUUGAAAUUUGGGAGGUUAAUACCAAGUAUUCAUUUCAUGAUGUAAAGAAACUGAACAGUGAAGUGGCUUGAUUGCUUAAACUAUUGACUUGGUAAGUCUACUGUAUAUAACAUCUAAUUAAACUAUUGACUUGGUAAGUCUACUGUAUAUAACAUCUAAUAUAUAUAUUACAGGCCAAAUGAACUAAACAUUGCCUUGCUAUAUUCACCAAAAGGACUUAAUUCUUGUUUUUUUUCCCAGUUUUAUAUAGAGGAAACACUAUGAUAGGAUUUCCUAAAGUAUUUGUGGACAGUUAAAUGCUAAUUAUAUACAUCUGUAGUUAUUCUCCAUUUUCUUGAAAUUUGAGAGGUUAAUACCAAGUAUUCAUUUCAUGAUGUAAAGAAACUGAACAGUGAAGUGGCUUGAUUGCUUAAACUAUUGACUUGGUAAGUCUACUGUAUAUAACAUCUAAUAUAUAUAUUAUAGGCCAGCUACAAGGGGUUUAAAUAUUUAGGAUUGUGUCUUGAAAACUAAGUAUUGGAGUGGAUUUUCUUCUGCUUUCAUUGAUACUUGUCAAAAAAUAUAUUAGACCAAAAUGUAAAAUAUAAGUAAUAAUUCUCAUGACUCAGCUUAAUAACUCCUAGAAGAAAUUGGUGUUAAUCAUUUCUGUUCAUUUGUAGACCUUCAGGUUUGAUCUUAGUUUUUUCCUUGUAAUCUGAUUCAGUUCUGUACCAUUUUAAUUUCCACCUUUAGUAAUUAAUUACCAAUAUAGCACGUUAGAGUAUCUUAACCUAUAAUAUCAGAAGCGCAUUUUAGGCUUACCACUAAAGACUCUAACCCACUUUUCCUCUGUCUCUUAACAGAAUGGAAAAUGAUGUCAUCAUUAUUUCCAUUCCUUCAUGAGCUAUAAAACUUAUUAAUUAAAAAAAAACUUCUUAAUUGACUGGACAA